GGGAUUAUACGAAAUGAAGCCUGCCUGACUACACCAGCUUCUCCUGGAGAGACAGGUCUGCUCCGCCAAGCAGAUGCCGACAUUAAAUUGGAGGCACCACAGGCCUCUGAUGAAUUAGCAACAUCUUCAUCUCAUCCUGAUCGGUUGUCAACUCCUAACAUGAGCACGACUUCAGUACACUUAGCGUCUUGGAUUGGAAGCCAGAAACGGCCUGAUAGUCGAACUGCUCAGCUUGGCCUGAAACGGGAGCUGUCAGAAGAUGGGGUGUUGGCUCGUAGCUCUGGAGUACUGUCCAAAGAUUCCAAUGGAGGCACUUGCGGUGGUAUAAUUGGCGAUGAUAUCCUCGUUCAACCGCCCUCUAAACGACCGCGAUCAGAGACAAAUGACUCGCAGCUUCAGCAGCAUAACAUUUCUUUCGACUUGGAUACACCUACGGGCCUAGUUAGCACUAUUUUUUGCUUGUUUACCCCACGUUUUGCUUUCUAA